AACGUUUUUAUUGCAACUUCGCUUGGUGGCACUUUAGUGGUUCAAUUUCAUUCGCUGCUGAUAUUGCGCCGCCAUCUUUCUUUUCUUACAAUUGUCGGCUAAGAGAUACAAUAUGGGUACUGUGGAACGUGCUGGUGAUGCUACUUCUGAAAUGGAGUCAGGAGAAGAGGAGAUCGUUGGCGGCGGCGAACUUGCCCAACACCUGAUGCAAAGUGGCCUGACCCGCACGGAGAUGUUAGCUGCGAUAACGAACCGCAUCCACGCGGAGACGCUAGCGUCGCUGCCGCCUAACGUGCGCCGGCGCAUCCGCGCGCUGCGCUCCCUGCAGAAGGACUUUGUCGACAUCGAGGCAAAGUUCUACAGCGAAGUGCACGCCCUCGAGUGCAAAUACGAAAAACUUUAUAAACCACUCUUCGAAAAGCGAGCACAAAUAGUGAACGGUCAUUACGAGCCGACGGACGAGGAAUGCCAGAACCCCUGGCGCGAUGACUCUGAGGAGGAGGAGCUGGCACGCGCCGUGCAGAACGCCAGCCUCACGGAGGGCGAGGACAAGAAGGAGGGCAACGAGAAUAAACCCGCAGAACCCCCAAUGGACCCCAAUGUAAAGGGCAUCCCCGACUUCUGGUACACAAUAUUUAAAAAUGUGGCCAUGCUCAGUGAAAUGAUGCAAGAGCAUGAUGAACCCAUCAUCAAAUGCCUGCAAGAUAUCAGAGUGCAAAUGCAUGAGGAUCCGUUUGGCUUCACUCUGGAGUUCCACUUUGCACCUAACGAAUUCUUCACCAACACGAUCCUCACAAAGGAGUACUCCAUGAAGUGCAAACCUGAUGACGACAACCCCUUGGAGUUUGAGGGACCUGAGAUCUACUCUUGCAAGGGUUGCGAGAUAAACUGGAAGAAGGGCAAGAACGUGACGGUGAAGACAAUAAAGAAGAAGCAGAAGCACAAGUCGCGUGGCUCCGUGCGCAUCGUCACCAAGUCGGUGCAGGCUGACUCCUUCUUCAACUUCUUCUCUCCCCCGGCCGUGCCAGAGGACCCCGACUCCGAUAUACAGAACCUGUUAACGGCUGACUUUGAGAUCGGCCACUACAUCCGCGAGCGCGUGGUGUCCCGCGCCGUCCUCAUCUACACCGGGGAGGGACUCGACGAUGACGACGACGACUACGAGGAGGAGGAGGAUUCUUAUUCCGACGAAGAUUCCGGCACGGAGGAGGUUUCCGACGCCGAGGAUUGAUGCCACCGUCCCUAGUGAUACCACACGCCUAUCCCUCCACCUCCACUUAGGUCUACUUAGACCCCUUUGACCUAAGUUCAGAGGAAUAUUUAUGCACACAAAAUUAUCGUGCCGAUUUUUAAACCGCUAAAGUCAUAUCAAUGUUCAUAUCCUGAAUGCGAUGUACCAAAAAGGAUUUUCUUUAGGCGUUAUGAUAAUACUCCGAGGCAGGUCGGGAACCGAGUUCCUCUUUCCUAGUUAGUUAACGCGUCGUCAAAUUUAUUAAAUUGAUAGUAUUUUUGCGCUAGAUAGGUUAGGAUUUUCUCGCAUUUAUAUACUUUAUACUUCUAUGCAUGAUUUAUCAAAGGAAUAGAUAAAUAUGUUUUAGAGUAAGCCUCGCGGCGGAGCGGAGCGAGAACAAAUGGUGCCUUAUGUAAUGCAUGUUAGACAUUCAACACUAUACUGCAUUUCUAGAAUAGUUAUAUACAAUUCUCGUUUCUAUUUAUUAUAUACAUAAAUAAUUGUAAUAGCGUGUAUUUUGUUUACGAGUUUUACAUACGUUGUUUGUGUACUAGAAAUUUCAUGUGAUAUUAAUGUUCUCUAAGGCUAUUUAAAUGUUUUACUGAGACUGCAUUCCAACGUCGACAACCAGCGAAUCUCUGCUAGUGCCAAAAUGCAUUUUAUAUCCGUCGAUAACUGAACACUGUGAUCUUGUCUCCUUAACGAUACACGACACUGCGCUACGAAGAUAUAUUUUUCUAAAUAUCACAUAUAUGAGACCGUUUUAAUUUUGUUAAAACAAUAUAUGAAAAAUUAAAACAUUUGAUCUAGUUUCACAUGUCUGUUUUCGAAUUUUAUAAAAAUAUCUCUAUUCUAAAUACGGUAAACUAAUGUAGGCUAUAUUUUAAUGUUUUGUGAAACCGGUUUCAAGUGUUUUUCUUUUAAAUGUAUUGUAUAUUUUUGUUUAAUGUUAUCUUCUAUUGAAGUCUGCAUAAUGGUCAGCUGUUGCGGCUGCUACUGUAGUGUUACGUACAUGGUUAUGGCUUAAUGUUUUGGCAUGAUGUCCCAGUGACGACAUUAAAAUUGUAUGCUUUUUA